GGUCUGCCUGUGAGAUUUCCGUGCCCACGACACGGUCACACAUCUGUCACAGUCUUUCUAAUUUUCAGCUCCCGUCAAGUUACGUUUCAGGUUUGUGUGACGGUAUUCGCACACGAUUUGUUUUUAAAAAAAGAGAGACAAUUACUGAAACUGGAUUCCGGACAAGCCAAAUCAGGAAGGAAGAUGGAUUUUGGGGCGUUGUUGCAUUACGCUAAGAGGAAGAACGAUGCAGCCACCAAAGACGAGGGAGGAAAGUUCUACAGCACCAAGUAUGCGCCCCCCAAGAAGGAGACGAAGGAGAGCAAACAGCUGUCGAGCAACAUCCAGAAGUUCCUAAAGCGGCGCGAAGUGGAGGAGGCCGAACGUAAGCGUGAGCAGCGCCAGAAGCUGUCCGAGCUGCUGGCCAUGCGAGAUGAGAAGUCCAAGAACAAGAUACGUAAAAUGCUUAAGGUGACGAAGUCGGCGAACAAGUCGGUGCUGGAGGAUGCCAAGGAUGGGGAUGUGGCCAACGGGCACGAAGCCGGCGAGGGGCAGGGCGACGAUUACGGGUAUGUCUCCAACGAGGCCAACGCCUUCUACGAGAAGUACAUAGAGAAGGUGCGCGACGUCCAGGAGGACAAGGGCUUCGCGCCCAGCCGCCCGCAAUCACUGCGAGAUCUGUCCGGGACCAAGGAGAGAGUCAAAGCUGCCAUUACCCGAGAACGAGAGGAGGCCAAGUCGCAUACCCGCCAGCGGAGCAGCACCUCCAGUGGCAGCAGCAGCACUUCUGUCUCCACUUCGCGGGUUUCCAAAGAACCAAACCUAGCUCGCUCCUACAGCACCAGUAGAACCAUUUACGAUCCGGUGGCUGAGAAGAGGGAGGAGGAGCGCAAGAAGAAGCAGGAGGAGGAACAGCGCCGUGCCAAGAUCAAGCGUCCACCGCAGCCACCGCCAAUGGACUUCCAGGCACUGCUGCGUCUGGCCGAAAAGAAGCAGCACGAGCCGGUGGUGUUUGCCCAACCAGAGAAGAAGAAGGAACCGGAGCGCCUGCUCUCCGCGAAGGAGAAGCGCGAGAUGGAGGAGCGCCAGCGCCAAAAGGAGCAGCGUGCGAUGCGUGAUAAGAUGAAGGAGAGUGACGAGAAGGCCAGGGAUGCCGCAGCCAAAGCUCCGCCCAACCGUAUGGAGCCCAACGGGCGCAUACCCAAGCUGAAUCAGGCCAAGCCAUCGGCUCAGCCAAACGAUACCAAAGCCAAGUCAUCGUCGAGUGAUAACUUUAAACGUCCCGCGGCACCAGCCUCGGGCCACUCCUCCAGCUCUUCCAUUGCCACAUUAAACACUAAUCGAAAUCCCGCCACAAGUACAAAACCAGCCAGUAAGACCAGCAGCGUCACAAAGUCAGCUCCGACAUCCGCCGCCAAGCCGGGAACUGGAUCAUCACAAUCAUCAUCAUCAGCGGCAGCAGCAGGGAAACUCGGCGCCAGUUCAGCUAGCUCCAAGGAAGCGCCUGUGUCUCGAAAUCCCUAUGCCACGGUCAACAAGAAUGGGGCUGUGCGCGAGUUUCCACCACGCGAUCGUCCGGCAGGUGGAGGAGGAGCAGCGCCUCCGGCAAAGACUCGCCAGUUUCCGCCGCCGGAUGUCCGGAAAUCGGGUGGCAGGCCAUUCCCUCCAGCGGAUCUCAAGAAUAGGAAACGACCACUGGGCCCCAAAGGCGACCAGAUCGGCAAUAAGAAGCGGUGCUUGGACGAGGAUGAUUCCGAGUACGAUUCGGAGCUGGACGAUUUCAUUGACGAUGGAGACUGCGAAGAGGACAUAUCCUCGCACAUUCGGGACAUAUUUGGCUAUGAUAAGCGCCGCUAUCGUGAUUUGGACGACGAUGAUCGCGAGAUGGAGUCCAGCUAUGCGCAGAUGCAGAGGGAGGAGUUUAUUAGUAAGAAACUGGGAAUGCAAGAGGAUCUGGAGGAUAUGCGCAUGGAGGCUAUGCACAAGAAACGUAAAAUGGCCAAGAAGCGGACCAAGCGCAUCGAUGACGACGACGACGAGGAUUAGUCUUUGCAGUCGUUGUUCAGUCAUGUUUGCACAUAAAUCUCAAAGAAAAACCGAAAAUCCAAUACCUAGUUUACGGCCCGCGACCAUCCCGUUAUCUUAUCAGUCGGAUUCCGGGGCGGCGCCAAGGUCGGAUCGAUGCUGAAUCAGGAGGAGCUGUGCCUGUUGAGUUAUAAAUUUGAAGAUAUUUUAUAUACAUUUUCUGUGACCUUAGCUUAGUUGAUAAGUAUUCCCAACACCACCCACCACCCCCGUGGGCUAUUUAUAUAUGCAUUAUAUAUAUGUAUUAUAUAUAUAUAUGUGCGAAGAAAUAUAUGUUCAAAUAUGUGGUGCGCGAGUGUGCCUUUACAGCGCA